AUGAAAGAACAUGAGAAAUUGGGGUUCCCCCUUUCCAACAGGCGAGGAAUCUACGAAUCAGAAGUCGAGGUGACAUCACGCUCAACAGGAGAGCAGUAUCCGGUGACCGAUCUGAGCAAAGGAAUCGUUGGAUGGGAAAGUCAGGAUGACCCUUCGAACCCGAGGAAUUUUCCGGCAAGGCGGAAGUGGUUUUUGCUUGUUCUAAUCAGCAUGAUCACGCUGAUCAGCCCCUUUGCGUCUUCUGUGUUUGCCUCAGCUGCAGUGCUCGCCAGAGAAGAACUUGGAAACACAUCCUCGAUCCUAGAGACUUUUACUGUGACGGGUUAUCUAUUCGGUUACAUGGCUGGUCCACUCCUCUUUUCUCCGUUGAGCGAACUCUUUGGACGUACAAUCAUUCUCAAUAUCGGAACGACUUGUUUUGUACUGUUCCAGGUUGGCUGCGCGCUGGCUCCGUCUAUUCGAGCAUUGAUCGGCUUUAGACUUCUGACAGGCAUUGGUGGCUCCGCAUGCUUAGCUACAGGAGGCGGAGUUGUUUCGGAUCUAUUCGUAGCUGAAGAGCGUGGGCUUGCAAUGUCCAUCUACCAGGCAGGGCCACUUCUUGGGCCUGUCCUUGGACCCAUCUGUGGCGGAUUCAUCGCCGAAAGGGCCGGCUGGCGAUGGGUCUUUUGGGUCCUAGUCAUUGGUGGUGGAACUUUAACUUCUCUUGUCAUGGUUUUCAAUCGCGAGACAAAUCCCACGGUCCUGAUUCGGCGCAAGACUGCACAUUUACAAAAGGCUCUUGGCAAAGCAGAUUUGCGAAGCUGUUUUGAUACACAGGGCGACAAGCUGCAACUACCCCUAACUCGCCGACUAUCCAUGCCUCUGCAAUUACUAUUCCGAUCGCCCAUCGUUUCGAUGAUUGCCAUUUACAUCGCUAUAGUCUACGGAUGCAUGUACCUCCUCUUCACCACGGUGACCGAAGUCUUCCAAAGCACAUAUCACUGGAGACUCGAUAUUAGUGGGCUGUCCAAUCUUGGGAUCGGGGCUGGGUUCAUCGCCGGCCAGCUUGCAUUCGGCCUGCUGAGUGACCGCAUGAUCGCGCGGCAGAAGCGGCGCAACAACGGUGAAUAUGAGCCGGAGAUGCGGCUGUCUCUGAGCAUCUACUUUGCGAUCUGCCUUCCAGCCUCUUUCUUUUGGUAUGGGUGGUCAGUGGAAGCCAAGACCCAUUGGAUAGUGCCAAUCGUGGGCCUGUUCCCCUUCGGAUUCGGAAUGGUAGGCAUCUUUGGCACACUCCAAACAUACAUCAUCGAUUCCUACCCGCGGUAUGCGGCGUCGGGAACAGCGGCAGUGACCGUGACUCGCUCCUUGCUCGGGGCCCUGCUGCCUCUGGCUGGAUCGCCCAUGUAUGCGGCUUUGGGUUAUGGGUGGGGAAACUCGUUGCUCGGGUUUAUCACGUUGGCUCUGCUUCCCUUGCCCAUUGUUUUCGGUCGGGUUGGUAAAGGCCUUAGGCAACGGUUCGCAGUGGCAUUGUAA